CUUCGGCGUGUACGCACUUACCUGCGGAACGCGGUCGUACGUGCCCGACAGUGGCGCUUCGGCUUAACGAACUCUCCGGUGGCGCCGAAGGAAAGAUCGUUUCGUAGCCGGGGCGGCGGAUCACCUCGAUCCUCGACCGAGCGAUACACAACACACGGACCCGAGUGCGAGGAGCGUCCGUGACGCGCGGCGAUCCCGUGCGUGCGCGCUCUCUCUCGACUUCUCUCGGCCGUUCAGUGCGCGGCGUCUCGCGUGUGCGCGUUCCCUCUCGAGAGUGCGUCGUCAAGUGCCGCGCUUACGCGAUCAUCGUCGUCGUCGUAGCUAGCGAGGUCUCGUCUCCGAGGAACCGCGUGAGGGUGGCCCGGCGCACGGGGGAGGGUUUUCCCCCCGCACGUGAAUUCGAGAACAAAGCGGGAAGGAAACGCGAAGCGGAGCAGGGCAUUUCCGUCUCUGACGGACCGGGCGACCGACGUCUCAUAUUUUCGGACUCUCGCUCCCUCCAUCGGAGCUCGCUCUAUCUCGCCACCCCGCGUCUCUCUUCCACCCUCUCUCCCACUCGGUCCCGGAGCAACGAGCGGUUGCGCAAGCAGGUAUUCGGAAAUAACCCGUGUGGGUCGCAGUUAUGAAUUGAUAGCAAACACAUGGUGGACACGCCGUGCUCCGCGGCCCGCGCCCGCCCGACGACCAGUAAUGCGCCUCGUCGAGGCACUCGAGGCUCCCGGAUCUUCUCCCGGCCUCCUCGCAACGUGACCGCGUCGCCGAGCUCGGCCCGCCAUUGACAAAUCAAAACUGUCAGCGGUCAGCGGCUGAUUGUGUGUACGUUUCAUCGCGACGCUGUGACGCGGGCGAGUGAGCAACGAUUGGCGAUUUCGAUGGCACCGGACGAUUGUUUGUCGUCUCGAGAAGCGGCGCAUUGUCCUCGCACCGGGAAAAGUGCAUUCACUAAGUGACUUUCCGAAGUGACGCCGGUCGGUCUUCGGUAGAAGUUAUCUUCUCGCUGUCAGGGGACGUGUUAGCAGGGAAAAAAUUAUGGGAUAGAGAGAUAUAGCCUUCUCGAAGAGCCUGAACCCGGCGAUAAACAGAUCGGUAUGUGAUUAUUGGCUGUGCGAAAGUUCGACGUUACAGCACUGAGCGACGAGUCGACUCCGGAUCGUCUUCGAUGGUGCACCUGCAACUUAGAUGAUUUCAUCGUGGACGACGAACUUCCGCGUCCCGAGAGACAUCGAAAGAAAAGGAACGACGAGAAGACGAGUUCGGUAGCGAAAUAUAAAAUAUAACCGCGGACGAAUGACACUGAUAAUCCUGGACUACGUGUAUGUGCAGUGAUUACACAAAAUCGGCACUCAUGUACGUUGAUUACGGCGGCGACACUUAUGCCGGAAUGGGAAUCAAGGCCAUGAAGUCCUUUGGCAGGUCCAGAGAUAUACCGGCGCAAGUGCCGCCGUUAACACCUGGGACCAACAAGAAAAUGUCCGAGGCUCUGGAGGCCUCCUUCGGAUCUUGGGAAAAGGAGCGACUCCGCUUGAAUAUAACUAAAGACCCGAGGCAAUGGUCUGAAGCAGCUGUUGCCCACUGGUUGCACUGGGCUAUCAGGGAAUUCUCGCUGGAGGGUGUGGCGAUGCAGCCGUGGCAGCACAUGACUGGGAAACAGAUUUGUGCCAUGGGGAAGGAAUCCUUUCUAGCACGUGCCCCCGCCUUCACGGGCGACAUCCUGUGGGAGCAUCUCGAGAUCCUGCAAAAAGAUGUCGACGCAGCGAAGGCCUCUCUGGAGAACGUGCCGGCGAACUUGUAUGAAAGCGUAUGCGUGCCAGAUUUAGGUGAUUUUUUGGGAUACCAGGGUGGCGGCCAUCAGGUGGCAACACCAGAACAUAAAAACCCGUCGACGCCCGCCAAUUCGGCCACCUCCAACUCCUCCGGUCCUCCUCAGAGCGGUACGCAACAACAACCCCCGAUACAACCCUCUUCGGGCGCGGUGUCCCUGCCAUCGAGACAGUAUCAUGACGAUGGCGGCUACAAUCACCUUCGCAGUCCCGUGUGCCAAGACGAAAGUCAAAGAGACGAAACGUCGCCACCACCCCACAGCCAUAGCACCCAACCACCGACCUCUCACUCUAGUACCCCUAACAGUAAUAACAACAAUAACAACAACAACAAUGCCAACAACGCGUACAUUCAUCUACGGAAUUUAAAUCAGCUCAAAACGGAAUCGAACUACAGCAAUCAUCACAUAGCCGAGCAUCUCCAAGGCAGUGGGGGUGGCCUGGGCAGCGCGGGUGAACUCGCGGGUGCAGGUAGCAACGAGAGCGACUUGAGAGUCAGCGCGACCGCCACGGAGAGUUAUAUGACGCCGGCCCAUUAUUCGGGAUAUGACGAGGCGUCCGAAUAUCAUAGCUUGUCGCAAGAUCACCAGGCGCCGCAUCCGUACAAUUUGGACAGCUCGUCGGACUUCUACGGCGCCAGUGGGAUUCACAUCGAGCCCAAAUACCAGCCGUCACCGUUCAAAAACUACCCUCGAGGACGCUAUCACGAGGGUUACAGCGAGAGCGGUUCCUACGGACAGUACGAUGCAACGCCGUUCCAAACCGUUCCCGGAAGCGGGAGCGGUGCUGGAGGCGGCGGCGGCGUUGGUGGUGACCAGUGGGGUGUCGGGCUUGGGGAUCAUCUCUCUCAUCAUCCCGCGUUUCUUGCGGGUCUCGGACCACGAGAUUCCUCCAAUCCUCAUCAUCCCACAUCUAUCGCCAAUAAUGCGGACCAAAAGCCGUUACUGCAGAGCUCAAUGCUCACCGGUUAUCCAGGUGGCGGUCCACCAUGCUUCACUGGAUCAGGUCCGAUUCAACUGUGGCAAUUUCUGCUGGAGCUCCUAACUGACAAAGCGUGCCAGAGUUUCAUCUCGUGGACCGGCGACGGCUGGGAAUUCAAACUGACCGAUCCGGACGAGGUUGCACGCCGUUGGGGUAUUCGCAAGAACAAGCCCAAAAUGAAUUAUGAAAAGCUGAGCCGAGGCUUACGCUACUAUUAUGACAAGAAUAUUAUACACAAAACUGCUGGCAAGCGAUACGUAUAUCGCUUUGUAUGCGACUUACAAACUCUACUAGGAUACAGUCCUGACGAGAUACAUGCAAUGGUAGACUUGAAGCCCGAGAAGAAGGAAGAAGACUGAGUUUUUUGUUAAUGAACACGUGCUUUAGGACUGUAUCACACAGAUAAGCGAAAUGUAAUAAUACAAACUCUUUGCAUUGAACAUGCAAACAUAGAGGAAAACGGAAGGACGAAGUAUCCAUACGAUGAAAUUGCUAUGAAAUAACUAUAUUCAGAUGCAGAAGACUGUGAUAGUCCGUCUUCUUUAUUCAGAUAUAAACAAAAAUCGAAUCGGUAGUAUGUACCAAAGACAGGGUCUGCAUACCAUUGGUGCCUAAAGUUGAAUAAAUCGCGAAUUUGUUUCUAAGUGAUUGAUUUAUCACAGCAGAUUUUAGAGGAUAUUUAUAGGAAUAACUCGUCAAUUUAUACAUAUACAUAUAAAUAUAUAUAUAUAUAUAUAUAUUUUUAAUGUUACAUGAUUUUUCAACGCUAUAAUAGCGUCAAGAUACUUGGUGAUGCCGCUAAAUUAUUUAUGUCUCAUCAUUUUAAUAUGUGUGUUAUAUCUCGUUGAUAGAUGACUCGAUAUGUGAUUGUUAUUACAAUAAUUUUACAAUAAACUCAUUACACAAUAUGCUA